UAUUAAACAAUCCUGCCUCGCUGUGAUAUGAACUCAUGUGAUAUUAUCUGAUCAAUCAAAUAUGCCAAUAAUUCUCGUACCUACAAGAAACAGCCCAAAAGCUUGAUUGAUGUGGGGGGGACAGUGCCGAAGAAUAACCCCGUUAAUCUUGCCACGAGGUUGCCGCGCGAAAUAGAACAGCCUGGAUGGAAAAAUCGUGGCUAAAUACUCUAAUUCAUACUACCGCGGAACCGGUCGCCCCGCGUUUGGGCCCUUCAUCAAAGCAGCCAAGCCUCUAUACCGACAUUGACCAAGAUGUUCCAUCAAUUAGCUGCUGAUGGACGUGCGUUUGCUGGGUGAAAUUCGGCCUCGGCACCAGUCGCCGGGUCGUGCCACGCGUGCUGUGGUUUCGCGAUAUAUUAAGACGCCCCUUGUUCAAGCACCCCACAGUUAUAUUCACCAUUGGUGGUUUCCAGCGCUGGGACCUGCCGGCGGCAUUCUAUAUUCAAUUUUUGCGUUUUAAUUGCGAUACGGGAUGAAGGCUCCUUGCUAGCUUUGAGAAUGGGUCAUGAGGCCGUUUCUUAUCCUUUAGGCCAGUGCGCAACGGGAUGGACCAGACUUAAAGAUGAGAGCGAGGUUCGGUUUUUGAUGUGCCACCGAUCUUCAAGAUUCCCGAAACUUUGAUCUGCUCCAGCCUUCGUCAUGCAUUUCUCCGUCAUCGUCGCUUCGGCGAUCUUCGCUACCCGGGCAAUGGCCGUUGGAGUCGUUGGCACGCCUGAGGGAUUCGGAAAAGGGACAACUGGUGGCGGCAGCGCAACCCCCCAAUACCCCGCCGACAUCGCCCAGCUCAAGACCUGGCUCACCGACUCCACGGCCCGCGUCAUCGUCCUCAACAAGGAGUACAACUUCAUCGGCUCCGAAGGCAGCGUGACCGAGACUGGCUGCCGCCCCGCCUCCAACACCUGCCCCGGCAACGGCGGCCAGGACGCCAUCAACCAGGCGAGCUGGUGCACGAACGGCAACGCUGGCGCGGGCGCAACUUCCAUCUCCGUGACCUACGACAAGGCUGGUAUCUCCGGCAUCAAUGUCGGCAGCAACAAGUCCAUCAUCGGCAUCGGGUCCUCGGGUGUGAUUAAGGGCAAGGGCCUCCGCAUCGCGAACGGCGCCAAGAAUGUCAUUAUCCAGAACAUCCACAUCACCAACCUCAACCCCCAGUACAUCUGGGGCGGCGACGCCAUCACCCUCGCCGGCACCGACCUCGUCUGGGUAGACCACGUUAAGGUCUCCCUCGUAGGCCGCCAGAUGUUCGUCGCUGGCGAAUCAGCCUCCAACCGCGUGACCCUCUCCAACAGCGAGUUCGACGGCAACACCAGCUGGAGCGCAACCUGUGACGGCCACCACUACUGGACCAUCUACCUGACGGGUUCCAACGACUUGAUCACCAUGAAGGGGAACUACAUCCACCACACCUCAGGUCGCGCGCCCAAGGUCGGCAGCAACACCCUCCUCCACGCUGUUAACAACUACUGGUACGCCGUCUCCGGCCACGCCUUCGACAUCUCCUCCGGCAACGUGGUGGCGGAGGGCAACGUCUUCCAAAACGUUGUGAAGCCGCUGAAUGCCAACACCGGGAACUUGUUCGGGAGCCCGGACUCGAACACUAAUACGCAGUGCGCGGCGUACCUUGGGCAUAAUUGCCAGCUUAAUGCGUUUGGCAGCAGUGGGACCCUGGGGGGGACCAGUGUUAAUGCGUUGGUUAACUUUGCGGGGAAGAAUGUGGCGAGCUCGGUGUCGUCGAGUGGGUUGGCGAGUAGCAUUGCUGCUAAUGCUGGGAUUGGGAAGAUUUAGGGGGUUGAGGUGGGGGUGUAAAUAGUUGGGUGA